AAUACCAUCGUUCGACACAUUGUACGAUCGGACUGGUCGCAAAUUCACAACUGCGACCAUUAAUCAAGGGUUAUCUCGACCUAUAUCUUCUGCUAUCUUGUUGUAUCAUAUCCGGCGGGCGCGCCAUAGCCCUAGCCUUGACAAUGAAGCUUUCGGGGUGGAUCUCGGCCACAUUCUUCGCUUCCAUUGUGUUAUCGAUAGAGACGACGCCGGCUCCAUCAGUCGACAUUGUGCCAUUUUAUCCUCCCCGCAAUGCAGACGCAGAUCGGAGAGCCUUCGAAGUGUUACAAUUGUUGAGGAAGCGGAACGAUAACUGUCCUUACGGCUAUGACUCUUGCUCAAAUCUGGGCCACUCGAACAUUUGUUGUUCCGAUGGUACAACAUGCACUCAUGACGCCGCUAACAACAUUGCUUGCUGUCCGACCGGAGCAAGCUGUACGGGUACACUGUCCGAGACUGGAGCCGUGGUUGGAGGUUCAACUAGCAGCUUCCGAUUCCCUCAAACAGCAACAGCUACUCAAACUACAGAUGGGACGAGUGUCACUCUCACGGGUUCUACAAUUGCCGGGGCUUAUCCUUUUGUCGACAUACCGACAACAUUUGCCAAUGCCCGUGUUUGCUCAUCAUACUAUUCCCUGUGUCAGAGCGAGUAUACAGGCUGUCUUUCGGAGCUUGGAGGAGGCUACGCGGUGACCGUGGCUGCAGAAGGUGGAGGCGUCACCCGUGCCGGUGGAGGAGCUUCGGCAGCUAUAUCAACAUGCUCCAGUCUGAGUUUGGAGGCCUGUCACGGUCUCAGCAUAGGGUACUGCAGCAGCUACAACACCGAUGUAUACACGAACCGGGGAACGUCCCCAAAACGGAGCUCCAGCCUCGAGGAUCUUUUCUUCGGCAUGCUCAUUGGACUGGCCGGGAUGUUUAUGUGAAGCUUCGGCGAGCAUUGGAAUUUAUGUGAAUAUGAGUAUAUGAGAUCUGGACAUACGCCUGCUGGCACCCUUCAAGGUCGACGAUCAUGCGAUC